UGUGGCGUGGUGCUGGGUUUCAGGCUCUGACUCACCGAGUCACUCUCGGUUUUAUACCGCGGUUUCCUUGGUAAAUACCGGUCAAUUUUCAGAUUCUUUAUACUUUAUUUAAGUUGAUUUGGGGUUUUUUCUGACUUCAUUUCUCAUUUUUCUUGUUUAAAUGUUUCAGAUUUAUUUCAUUUUUAAACUAUUUAAGUGUUUUUAAUUCACGAGCUCGCCUUUAUCUCUGUUUGUUUCAGACUAUCAAGCCGCCUACUUUUUAAACGACUUCCUAGAAUACUUCACCAUUGUGUUUAUUUACUUUGACAUUCAGUUCCUUGUUCUGUGCACUGAUAUUAUAGCGGUUUUUUAGCCGAAACCCUUUCAGACUUCUGGCAACAGGAAGUGACUGGAGACGUGAAGUUUCGGCCGUUCGUCCCAGUGACAGUUCAAUAGGCGCGUGAUGGUUGACCUCACCUGAGCGACUAACAAGUUCAUCACAGUUUUCAUGUUUAAUCGGUUAUGAGUGCGCGUCUCCACGCGGCGGUGCACCUGAACGCAUCACCUGUGCUGGUAGCCGCUAGUGACCCCGGGACUUCCACCGCCCCCCCGACGGUCCCCGGCGCCUGACGCUUCCCGCACUGACUUCCAAAAUAGAUCACCCCCCACCACCACCACCGCCCCCUCCCUCCUCCUCUCCAGCGCCUGGUCCCGGUUCUCUCUCUUUUCUGUCGAGUCCUUGUUCAGCGUCACAAGCCCCGAGUGCUCCAGGACCAGUUCACGACUGCUGGAAUACGAGCCGCGAGGAGCCGCUCUUCACCACCAGAACCCGCCAACCUGCCCAGGGAAGAGGGGUCUCCCCAAGACCUGAGCCAUGAGUCGCAGCAUCGUGCGGCAGAGUAAGUUUCGCCACGUCUUCGGUCAGUCGGUCAAAGCGGAGCAGAGCUACGAUGACAUCCGUGUUUCCAAGGUGACGUGGGACAGCUCCUUCUGCGCCGUCAACCCCAAGUUCCUGGCCGUCAUCGUGGAGUCCAGCGGAGGAGGAGCCUUCCUGGUGCUGCCCUUGUCAAAGACGGGUCGCGUGGACAAGAACUACCCCCUGGUGAUCGGACACUCUGGGCCCGUCCUGGACAUCGACUGGUGUCCGCAUGACGACAACAUCCUGGCCAGCGGCUCCGAGGACUGCACCGCCAUGGUGUGGCAGAUCCCGGACCACUCCCUCAGCCGUCCCCUCUCGGACCCCGUGGUGGUCCUGGAGGGCCACUCCAAGCGCGUGGGCAUCGUCAGCUGGCACCCCACCGCCCGCAACAUCCUGCUGACCGCAGGCAGUGACAACCUGGUGAUGGUGUGGAACGUGGGCACCGGCGAGGCCGUCCUGGUCCUGGACGACCACCCGGACCUCAUCUACAGCGUGAGCUGGAACAGGAACGGAAGCCUGUUCUGCACCACGUGCAAGGACCGGCGUCUGCGCGUCUGCGACCCGCGCAAGAGAGAAGUGGUCGCCGAGCGCCUGGCUCCACACGAGGGGAUCCGGCCCAUGAGAGCCAUCUUCACCAGGGACGGGAACAUCUUCACCACGGGCUUCACCAGGAUGAGUCAGCGGGAGCUGGGCCUGUGGGACCCGACCAACUUCGAGGAGCCCAUCGCCCUGCUGGAGCUGGACACCAGCAACGGCGUGCUGCUGCCCUACUACGACCCCGACGCCAACAUGGUGUACCUGUGCGGGAAGGGCGACAGCAGCGUGCGCUACUUCGAGAUCACGGAGGAGCCGCCCUACGUGCACUACCUCAGCACCUUCAGCAGCAAGGAGCCUCAGCGGGGCAUGGGCUUCAUGCCCAAGAGGGGCGUGGACGUCAGCAAGUGCGAGAUCGCUCGGUUGUACAAGCUCCACGAUAAGAAGUGCGAGCCCAUCACCAUGACGGUUCCCAGGAAAUCGGACCUCUUCCAGGACGACCUGUACCCCGACACCGCCGGACCCGACCCGGCCAUGGAGGCGGAGGAGUGGCUGGACGGCCGCGACGAGGAGCCCAUCCUGGUGUCCAUGAGGGAGGGCUACGUGCCGCCCAAGAGCCGGGAGCUCAAGGUGGCCCGGAAGAACAUGCUGGACUCGCGACCCACCACCCGCCGCAGCAUCUCCACCUGCGACUCCAACACUCUGCCGCCGCAGCUGCUGGAGCGGCUCCUGGAGGAGAUCCACAACCUGAAGGCCACAGUGUUGUCUCAGGAGAAGCGGAUCUGCGACCUGGAGAACAAACUUUCUCAGUACACCAACGGCACAGCCUGAGCGUGUCAGCGACUUGGACCCAAAGGCACUGCCGAGUGGAAGGAGAGCCAAGUCGUCGGCCCCAGUGGCGAGGACAGGGAGACGACUCGCUCCGCUUCCAACACUGUGGACGUUUUUUUCCCCUGAGUCAAACUGUAAAUAGUGGUGAAACUGAAGGUGUGCUCUGUAAAGCGCCGACUCCACGAGAGGAAAAUAAAACCUGUGUUUUUGUACGUGUCUGACUCAAGUCUGACUCCAUUCACCGAGAGUCGGCUGCGUCAUGUGACUGGAGCCAUGGAGAGGACAGAGUUGGAGGAACGUUGUGGUGAAGAUGGAGGAGGCAGAGCGGCUGGAAACAGUUGACCAGCAACAGAACAAGACUGUCGUGUGUUCUCCAGCCCCCGAGCCAGACUGGACUGAGUUGGACCGCUGACCCGGACCCUCCCUGCCAGGCGUCUUCAGUGCGUGGGGAAUGUGUGGAGCCAUUUGAGGCCACUGAUCUGGACUCUAGUGAGCAUCCAGAUCCCUGACACUGAACCACGGAUCAUCUGUGAAACGAUCGCUUUGUUCACGCUGUGAUUCUGGACU